GAUAACACGUACCAAUUAUCAUUAACAAAUUGUAGAGGCAAUGGCAAAGUCCUCUUGCUCCAGUUUCAUCAUCUUUUCACUAUUAAUCGCAGCGUCGAUUAUCUCCGGCGAUGCUACCGACUUCGACAUGAACGGCUGGAUUCCCAUGAAAUCCGCCGACAGCUGUCAAGGUUCAAUAGCGGAGUGCAUGACCGCUGGUGAAUUUGAAAUGGAUUCAGAGAGCAACAGGCGCAUUUUAGCAACUACUGAUUACAUAACCUAUGGUGCACUGCAGAGGAACAAGGUUCCGUGUUCUAGAAGAGGUGCUCCAUAUUAUAACUGCGAGACAGGUGCGGAAGCUAAUCCGUAUACUCGUGGUUGCAGUGCUAUUACUCGUUGCCGGAGUUAAUUACGAUUUAUCUUGUCUUUGUUAAUUAGUAAGUACUGUAAUUGUUUUUGAUUAAUUUGCUGUUUGAAUAAGUGGCAGUGUUUUGUGGUUUUUGGUUAGAAUAAAUCUGGUUUGAAUCCUGUGUUGUUGGGAUUACAUAAAUUCAGUAUUGGACCCGAGCCCAGCUGCUCUAUUAUUUUAUGUGGAUCAGUUUUAGUUUAGGCCCAAGUUUUAGUUUAGGCCCAAUUUUUUAUGUACUGGGUAGUAUUUUGUACAGAUGUUUUUUUUUGUUUUGUUCAGUGAAUAAAGAAUGAAAAGGAGAACCUUCUCUC